CUCGCCCGGGCCGCACGCGCCAUGACAUUCUAACCGCGCCACAGUGAUCCGGAAAAUGACGCGAUACUACACCCUUAUUGUGAUGCUGCUGGCAGUGUCGGCUAUAGUAUCAGCCCUGCCGAACCCGACGGCCAGCGACGACGACGACGACGAAGACGACACCACGCCGCAGAGUCGCGCCGACGCCGACGAUGACGGCCGAGUGUAUAAAAACCCGCGGAAUUCGCCGUCGGCGCAGUGUCCGAGGGACGAAGAGCAGGCUACUAUGCUGGGCCAGAAGUGUCUCCGCAAGUGCUCAUCAGACGAAGACUGCAAGAGCAAGAAGAAGAAGUGCCUCUGCGACGGAGCCUGCGGGAUGUCCUGCAUCAAACCAGAUCGCGAGUGCCCUGCGUUGGAACAGCCUGAAAUUGGGAAAAUCACGCUGACGGGAAACCUCUUCGGGGACAAAGCCGUAUACUCCUGUCCUCAUGGGUACCACGUGGUGGGUCUCCAGAGCAGGAGUUGCCAAGCGGACGGCAAGUGGGCAGGACAAGCCCCGGCUUGUAAAGAAAACAUCUACUGCCUCCAGCCGCCCACCAUCGAGCAUGCCCGUCACUCCGCUCUACCAGAACAAGCCACCUUCGACCUGGAUGCCACAGUGCAGUACAACUGCCACACUGGAUACGUCACCAACGGCUUCCCGAGGGCGAAGUGCCUGGCUAUCGAAGGACAGGCCUCGUGGUACGGGCCUGAUAUCAGCUGUGAACCCCGCUCAUGCGGCGAGCCAGGCGACGUCCCCCACGGAUGGGUGACCGCAGACUGCCAUACCUUCGGCUGCCGGGCCGUAGUCCAAUGUGGCCAAGGGUUCGAGCUGGUUGGCAAAGCCGAACGCUACUGCCAGUCCGACGGGGCCUGGGCCCCCAAGGAGCUGCCUACCUGUGUCCAAGGAGGAGAGAAGGACACAGUUUGAAUCGAUCAUAACAUUAUGUAGUGUCACAAAUUUGUUAUUAAACUAUAUUAGUUGUUAUUACUAUAAAGUUCUAUACAACUACGACUUUCCUAAAUUAAGUAAAAGUCAAAACAUUAUUAUGGCCAUGAUAAAAUAAUGUCAAAAAUACCUUUACUGCCUAUAUAGCCAACAAUACUUGUAGCUAUAUUUACGUAGAUGAUAUACUAAUAUUCUUUAAGUAGUGAAGCCUUUAAUCGAUGUUGAAAUUGCAAGAAUUUAUUGUAAAGAAUUUCAUAACUUUAUCUUAUACUAUGCUGUAGCGAAAUAAAGACAAAAAAAUAAA